AUGUCUUAUUAAUUUAAGGAAUACUUUCCUAAUGAUUUUAUUCAUCUUCUUUUGGCAGCAUAUAGUGCAGAUGAAACAGGGUCGAUAGGAGGAAAAUGCCCUUUAAAAAAAAAUUAAAAGGUUUGUUUUAAAUAAGAAACUGAAAUCUAUAAAUUCAUGAAAUCAUAAUAUUAAGUGGAUCUAAAUUAAUACUUAUAAAAUUGGACUGUAUAUGAAAUAAUGGAUGAUGAAGAAACAGGAUAUUUGGGUUUAAUAUUAGAAAAUGAAAUAAAUCGCUAAUUAGUAUUAUCACAUAGAUCUACUAAUUUUGCAUUAUCUUUUUAGUAGAAUAUGUUAAAAUAAUCAGGAGCUUAAUGUGAUGUAAUGUCAGUAGUUAUUUGUACUUUUACAGGUCAUUAAGCAUUGGCAUUCUAAGCUACAAAAAUAGCAGUUGAAAGAGCUCAAGAAAAAUAGUAUUCUUUAUCAUUUUGUGGACAUUCUUUAGGAGCUUGGCUAUCAGAAUUAAGUAUUUAUUAUUGUCAUUCUGAAUUUGAUCCAUCUUAUGAAAAUGUAAAAGCAGUUACCUUUGAUGGACCAGGUACAUGGGAAAUGAUGUAAUUAAUGAGUGAUUCUCAUAUUAAAGGAUAAGGUUAGAGAUUUUAUCCAGAAUAAUUUGAUAUAACAUUUUAUUUAUCAGCUCCAAAUAUUGUUAAUUGCAUGAAUUCUCAUAUUGGAAUUGGAUAUAGACUUUAUCCAGAAGAAAUACCUCUAUCUGAAUUUUCAGAUAAAAUUUAAAAAAUAUUUGAAACUUUAGGUGUAAGCAAAAACUUUUUAAAUGGUUUAAGUGCUGUUUGGGGACAUGAUCUUAAAUUUAUUCUUCCAUAUUUUGACCCAAAUACAGGCAAACCAAAACUUCAAUAUUAUUCUAAGAUUAACAAGUGGCCAAAAAUUAAAUAUCAUGAUUCUGGAAUAUAAAACCUAAAAGGUUUAAGCAAAAUAAUCUUAGAUUAAUUUAUUCCUAAAUUCAUUUAGAAAGGGAUUAAACAAAUUUUUUAAAAAGUACUUCCUUCAAUUACUACAAUAACAGCUUGUUCUAUUUCAAUUUUGAUUUUUGAAAUUAUUAAGGGAAAUAUAGAUUAAAAACAAUUUUGGUCGGUUCAUCAAUUUUUAUAAAGAACAUAAUAAUAUAAGCCACAGCUGAAUGAUUCUAAUGAUUUUAAUUUAUAGAUGAAGGGUGCUUAUUAAACAACAAUUCCAAAUGAUUUUCAAAGAGAUUUAUAAAAAAAUGGAAGUAAUGACUUUAUUGAUUAAUAUCUCAUUAAUAUAAAGAACAAUUCUCACAAAAUUGGUUAGUCAUUUUGUAGCUAAGAUUUGAAAUAUAUUUUAAAUCAACUUGUCAAUACCUAUAAUUAUAGUUAAUUGAAAUUCAUCUAAAUUAAAAAUGAAUUUUAGGCCAAAUUAAAUAUCAAUAUAUUAAGAGAUCAAAUUAGAAUCUUAAUUAGAGAUUAUUCAAAUGAUUUCCAAGAGUUUUUAGAUGAAAAUCCAUAUUAAGAUGAGAGUAAAAUAGAUUGUUACUUUGGUAGACUAUUUAAUUAUGAUGCUCAUAAUGCUGUUGAAAGAAAAACUUUAACAGAAAUAGAAGCUGCAUUCAAAAAAUCAAAUAUUGUUGUAAUUAUUGGACCACGAAAAUUUGGAAAAACAACAUUAGCUUACUAAUAUGCAAAAAAACUUAAAGAUUAAUUUAACAUAAAAGUUUGGCCAUUUAAUGCUUCAAAUUAAUCAAAUCUACAUUAAGAUUUUCUAUUCUAUCAUAAAUAAUUAUAUUAAUAACAGUUAUUAACCUAAACUCAAAAAUUUACAAUUUUAUAAACUGAAGUUUUGGCUAAAAUAAAAAAUAUAUAUUAAGAUUUUGUUAUCAUCAUUGAUAAUGUAGAAAAUCUUAAUAUGAUAUAAUCACUAAUUAAUGAAACACCAAAACAUAUAAAAAUAAUAAUAACAGCUGUUAAUUGUUAAAUUUUUAGUAAAAGUUUGUAUUAAAUAGUCAACAUUUCUUCAAUGACUGAAUAGGAAAGUCUUAAUUAUAUUAAUAAAAUCUUAAAAAAUAGGCAAUUAAGUGAUGAUGAUAAGAAAGAAAUAAUCAAUUUAUCCAAUGGAAUGCCUUAAUCUCUAAAAUUAUUAGUAGGCCAAUUUAUUAAUAAUGAAAAUUCUCUAGAAAUUACAUAGAAUAUUAAGGUAUAAGCAGUAAAAUAAUUCUAAUAAAAUAAUAAUUACAGUCCAAUUGUUGAAAUUCUUAUGGAUCUUUAAGAUGAUUUAGCUAAAAAAAUAUUAAAAUACAUUUCAUGGUUAUAUCCAGAUAAAAUUGAAUUGGAUUUGAUAUUAUAAUUAAUGAAAAAUACAGAAUGUAGUAAAGAUGCAAUAACUACAAGUCUAAGGAUGCUUGCAGAUUUAGGAUUAAUAAAUAUCUAAAGACAACACUUUAUAUAGAUUGAUGAUGCUAUCUAAGAGGAAUGCAUAAGACAAGAAUUAUCUUUAUAAUAUUUAUCAGAUUCUCUAUAAUAUUUUUUUGAUAUUUUACCUGAUAUUGAAACAGAAAAACAUACAGAUGAUGCAUUAAAAAUUGCAUAGAAUAAUCAUCUUCACGCUAGAAAUAUAAUAAAUCUUAUUAUAUAAAAAUAGUUAUUUUAACAAUUAGAAGAUUAUUUUCCUAAAUUAUUUUAUUAUGCAAUAACCAUUAUUUUAAAAUUAAGCGUUAUAUAUUAAUACUUAAUUUAAGAUUAUUAAUCUUGUUAAGAAUAUUUAGAUCUUUUUGGUUCAUUAUAAUUUGGUAAGAAUAUAAAAAAUUCAAAAAAUCUUCAAGCACUCUCUAUAUAUGUUAUCAAUUAAAUUAAGUUAUUGUUGGCUAUGGGUUAAAAAGAAGAAGCACUUAAAAGCAAUCUUCUUGAUAUUAUCAUUUAAACUGGAACUUUUAAUUAAACUCCUUCUAUUUUAGCAGAUGCAUAUUAUUCCUUAGGGAUUAUAUAUUAAUAAAAUGAAUAAUACGAUCUAUCAAAUGAAUAUUUAGAGAAAUCAAAGAUUAUAAAUGUAGAUUUACAUGGUAUUGAAGAUAUAAGAAUCCCAAAAUUAAUUACAUUAUAAGCUGAAAACUUUUAAAUGUAAAAAAAUUAUCCUAGAGCAAUAAUUUUCUAUAAAUAGGCUUUAGAAUAAGUAGAAAAAAAUUAAAUGAAUAAGAGCUUAAGAGAGACUUACAUAGUAAGAGCUAAAUUAUAUUAUUAAUUAGGGAAAAUAUCCUUUUUAACUAAUUAAAAUGCUUAAUAAAGUUUGGAUUAUUUUCGUUAAGCUAUUAAAAUUUGGAAAGAAAAACUCAAUAAUUAAUCAAUCGAAGUUGCAGAUUUUACACUUAAUCUUGGGCUAUCAUUAAAACAUUUGAAAUAAUAUUCUGAAUCUCUUGAAGCUUUAACAACAGCAUAUGAAAUAAAAAGUUAAAUUUUAAAGAAGGGCUAAAAUCCUUAAAUUGCUCAAAUUUGUUAUGAAAAAGGUCUUGUUUUAAUAGAAAUGAGUAAUAUCUAAUAAGCAGAAGAUGAAUUAAAAAAUGCCUAAAAUAUUAUGUUACACUCAGAUGAUUUUGAAUUUAAAUCAAAAAUUGAAUUUUAGCUAGCAUAUUUAUGGAAACAAAAAAAGGAAGACUUUAAAUAUAUACAAGCCUUAGGAAAAUUAAUUCAAAAAACUAGAAGUUAUUAUUCUUUUAUUCAUCCUUCAUUAAAUAUCUAUUUAAAGGAUUUAGCUGAUGCUUAUGCAAAUUAUUUUGAAGAUUAUGCUAAAUAAACAGAAAUCUAUCAGCAACUCUUCUUUAUGACUAUUUUACAUGAAAUUCUUACCUAAACUUAUCAAAAAAAAAACCUUAUAACAGGUUUAAUGGAAAGUAAAACCUUUUAGGUUCAAGAUAGUUGUAAAUACAUCAGUUGGUUAUAAAAUGAAAUAACUCAUUUUUAAAUAAUAAAAAAAUUUAAUCAAAAAUUUUUUGAUGAAGAAUAAAAACGCACAUUGAUUUUAAAGAGUGGAAUAAUUUCAAAGGAAGAGUUUUAAAUUAAAAAACUUCUUCAAACUUCUACUCUUAAUUAUUUAAGAGAGUAUGCUUCUGUAGGAAAGUGGAAAGGAGGUUACACUGGAUUAAUUCUAUAUGGAGCUAAAGAUUACAUAACUAUGAAAUAUUUAAAAAAUAUAUUAGGAGAUUUAUUUAAUGAAGUUUAGAAUCAAAAAAUAGCUUUAAUGCUCUGUUUUGAAGCUAUUAAUAUUGGUAUAGUUUAAUCAAAUUUCUAACAUUUAGAUUUUGCAUAAAAAUUUAUGGAAACAGUCCUUUAAUAUCCUAACAUGAAUAAUUUUUUAGAUGACGUUAUUACAAGUCAUCCUGAAUAUUUUAUUGAUGGAAAAAUCCUAAAAUCUUUAACAAAUCACUAAAAAUACUUAAGAGAAAAUUUGGGAAUUGUUGAGAAAUAAAUUUUAUUAAGUUAAUCUAUUUCUUAGUAAGUGAUUAGUAAAGUUUAAGGCAAACUAAAAAUCAAUACAGAAAUUGAAUAAUUAAUAAAAUAAUGA